AUGGAGGCAACCAGUGUGUUUGUUUCCCCGGUGGAGCUGAAGCUGUCUAAAACUGAUAUUCUGAGAGAAGUCGUGACAGAGAAGCUGACCACGGCAGCGCGGGAGAUCUUCGCGGUGGUGGAGAGAACUGUAGCCGGAUAUGAGGAGGAGGCGGCGGGUCUGAGGCAGGAGAUCGACCGUCAGAGGAUCCAGCUGGAGGCUGUUCUUCAGCCCAGAGUCUCUCUCAGUAGAAUAGAAGAAGAGGACUUGGGGAGCAGGAACAUGGCUGACCACGCUGAUGAAGAUGAAGAGGCAGGAGAGGAGGAGUUUAGUGAGGAGCCUUUGGAGGACUCACGCCAACAAGACCCGAGAGACGCAGAUUAUCAGCCAACUAAUGCAAGACCUCUGUUGAUGAAGAGGAGGAUGAAGAGAGCUGUUAUAACCCUCAGAGUCUGUCUGUUAAAGGACUCCAGGAUCAACCUUCUCAAAAGAGGAGUGUUGAAGUCCCAGUUGAAGACGUUGAGCUGUCCAUGGGGUAUGCAGGAGGUGGACUUCCUGGACCUGUUGAGGGCCACCUUUCCUCAGUUGACAGGAGAGUUUGAUGCUUUCACAGUUGACGCCACCAGGAGACUGAGACCACUGAAGGUACGGAGACUGACACCAGAGGAGAUCAAGAAGUCCCUCAAAUCCACAGGGAAAGGAAGAUCUGCUCUGUACAUCCGGGUCAAGGCAGCAAAUAAAACCCUGAGCAGUCCGGAGAAACUCCCCCUUCCAAAGAUAGAGGACAACAUCAUCGACCAAACAAGCAAUAAUGGAACAAGGCCUCAGGAAUGGUCUCGUGACAGUCCAGCAGAAGCAGCAGAGAGCAGCAGAUCAAAUCUCUCAGAAAAAUUGAUUCGGCAACAAGAAACGGAAGCAGAGAAAAACAGGGAACAGUGCAGAAUAUCUGAAGACUUUGGGGUCAUUUCUUCUGCCUGCUCUUUAGCUGAAAGAGACGUUGAAAAUGAAGUGGAGGAAGAUGAUGGAGAUGAAGAGUGGAAGCCAGAAAAGACUGAUGAGAAACCAAAACUUGCUUUAACCCAUAAAAUAAAGAGGACACAAGUCAAAUGUUCUAUCGCCAGAGAGCGAAUAAAAAGUAUUAACGUGAGGGAGUCGACUGAUAAAAGUGGCGUCCCUCUGCCCUGUAAAGUCUGUAAAACUCUGACCGGGUCAAAGAAUAUAUUGAUCAAACACUCCUGGAGUCACGUGGAGGAUCCUGAGAGACUCUGUGGAGUUUGUGGAGAACAGUCCGAGUCUGUAGAAGAGCUGAAGACUCAUCUGGAGAGUCACAGGAAAACAUACAGCUGUGACAUCUGUGGAAAGAAUUUACUCACUUUUCUUAGUCUGCGGAGGCAUGCUAUUCUCCAUACAGGAGAGAAACCGUACCAAUGUGACGUCUGCAGUAAGACGUUUGCAUCAGCAUCAGCUUUAAGAAAUCACCGCUGGGAACAUGUGGAAGAUAAACCUCACAAAUGUGAAGUCUGUGGUCGGACCUUCGCUUUCAAACCCCAGCUGAGGAUUCACAGUCGUAUCCACACAGGAGAGAAGCCUUACGUCUGCGAUUUAUGUGGCAAAGCUCUCACUGACUUUCAGUCUUUAUCCCGACACAAGUUGAUCCACACUGGGAAAAAACGCCACAGCUGCCAGGUCUGUGGGAAGCGUUUUUUAACUCUGACAAAUAUGAAACAACACCAGAAAAUUCACACAUCCAGGGAUAAAACGUGCCUCUGUGAGAUUUGCUGCAAAAUGUUCCACACAAAAGGUCAGUUAAAUGCUCACCUGGCAACCCACAGAGAGGAGAAGCUCACCUGUAACAUUUGUGGAAAGAGUCUGUCUUCAAAAGGAGCCCUGAGGAGACAUUUGAUAAUCCACAGUGGGGAGAGACCCUACAAAUGUACCGAGUGUGGACAGGCGUUUAAUGCUACCGCUAACCUCCGAAGCCAUCAGAAGAUCCACUCAGGUGCCAGACCGUACGUGUGUGGGGUUUGUGGGAAAGCAUGCAGCCGUAAAGAUCAUCUGAGGAUUCACAUGAGGAUCCACAACGGAGAGAAACCAUACAAGUGUACGGUUUGUUACAGAGGCUUCACUCAGAGCCACUGUCUGAAAACUCACAUGAAGAGCCACAAGGAGGCAGAAAAGUCAGCAGAGGAAGAACCGAUGGACUAACCGC